GCCUCUUGGUGCAAGACGCCCCCAAUGCCUGGAACCUUCCGACCUUCACAGUCACGAAUAAUGUAUCCAACGGCCUGCGCAAGCAGUAGCAGGCGGGCCCAAGACAAGCCGCCGACUCUUUAUUGUGUCUCCCUGCACUCUGCUUGGCCUCAUCCACCACCACCAUCAUCGCCGCCGUCUGCCGCAUACAGGCUACCACCCAUUGGCCUACUUACAUAGUAGUCGUCGACACGCCUGCCGUCUCCUUGCUUGACUUGCCUGCCCUCCGGUGAUGCAGUGAAGGACUCUCGCCGUCGCCCCGUCCACCUCUCCCCGUCCACCUCUCCCCGUCCACCUCUCCCUGCUUCGCCAUCGCCAUCGUCUGCGCCGUCCCCAUGCUCGAGCUUCAGCUCCCACGUCCAAUGCCUCACGCCAUCCCACGGGAGCCCCCCUUCGACCUCUUCUCCUCCGUCUCCGCCCGCUCACUGCUGCCCAAGCUGGAUGUCACCAUGCACCUGCCCAUGCCCCGGAUCACGGCCAGCCACGACCACGCCAACACGCUGCGGACGCCAGACCUGCCAGGAUCCGCAGUGAGAGCCGUGUCGUUGCCGUCAGCCCAGGGCGUUGGCCCUCACUAUAGCUACCAGCUACCUGCCAUUGGCACCUCGAGGGCAAUCACAGCACCGAGCAGCUCACCUCCUCCAAGACAGUCGCAGCAGCAGCAACCACAACAUCCCCAGGAAGCGAGUCAGUCGCCGCGGAAGAAGUGGACCAUACAGCCAAACCUCCGAAUACCGUCCACCAUCAGCACGCCACAAGAGGGCCUCCCACAGUUAGCAGCAGAGGUGACCUGCCUCUUUUGGUUCGAGAGCUCGACGGUGUUGAAGCAAGUGCUUGACGUGACCAAAUCCCCACGGUCCAUCCAGCCCCUUGUCCCUGAUGCCAUGCCAACGACCGGCUUCCGCAAGUGGGUGGCCACCAUCCUCACGACGACCCAGGUUGCUCAGAAUGUCAUCUUAUUAGCACUGCUUUUCAUCUACAGGCUGAAGCAGACGAACCCGACGGUCAAGGGAAAGCCCGGCAGCGAGUACCGCUUGUUGACUGUAGCUCUCAUGCUUGGCAACAAGUUCCUCGACGACAACACCUAUACGAACAAGACAUGGGCCGAGGUAUCCGGCAUUUCGGUACAGGAAGUGCACGUCAUGGAGGUCGAGUUUCUCAGCAACAUGAGGUAUGGGUUGUACACAUCAAAGGAGCAGUGGGAUAAAUGGCACACCACUCUCGGCAAAUUCGGCACCUACUUCGACCAUGCAUCUAAAAUCGCCAUAUCUGCCCGUGGGAGCCCAUCUGGACCAUCGAACCAUUCGUUCGGCGUACAGAACUAUGUCCCAUCACCGCCGACCACCCUGCAGCCAUCCCCACCAAUGUCGACUACCUACUCAGCAAAUCCUUUUGCGUUUGUUAAUACACCGUCUUUGCCGUCACAGACAACUCCAGCCACCGUGUCCCCAGUUGGCCAUCGAUCCGAGUUAGGUCCCAUCAUGCAACGCAAACGAAGCAAUGACCACAGUGGCGAGCCGCCAAUGAAGAGGCAAGCCCAUGGUUUCGCUCCUGGACCGUAUAGCAACGCCCCCCUUAUCCCAACAUUGCAGACGCCCGUGAACAGAUCAUUUGAGCCAUCACCAUCUACAAAUAGGCUGCCACCAUUGCCGAGUCUGUCUAUACCUCCGCCGCAACAUCUCCCGCCUGCUCACGUGAAGAAUUGGUCAGAGCUUCCGCUGCCUAUCCCCGGCAGCCGUUCGAUGGCCAUGGUCUACCCCCCGCCUGUGCAAUGGCAACAGCCUGGCAGCACGCCCACUUCUUCAGUGGCGCCCCCCUUCUCGACAACACAGACGCCAACUACCGAUCGGUCUCGCCAGAUUAGUCCAUAUCUUCCUUCUGCUGAGUCUUCGCCCACCAGCGCGUCUUUCUCAACGUCACACUCACGGCAAUUAUCACCAUCUCACUUUCUUAGCCAACGACAGUCACCAUACCGUCCAGUUCGUGGUGUGCAUACUCUACUUGUGCCGCCUCCCCAAAAGUCAAUUCACAAUCCUGCACAAAAUAUUGCCUACGACCAGAUGCACUACCAGCCUCUAGGUCGACCUAUGACAGAGUGCCGAGCUGGUCUUUUGCCCUACAUGGAUCAUGGGGCGUGGCCUGCGACGAACCAGUUCAACCAACUUCCCGUUCCUCAACAGCCCGUCUUCCGUUGAGCCGACUAUACUUUCCAGAUCAUAGACGGCUUCUUUGCAUUAUGUUUAUUUUACUUGAUGCGUUUUGAGCGAGCAUAGCAUUUGUUUGGGAAAGUCCCAUUUUGUUUUACAGCAUGCCGCUUGUCGAGAGACUUGACUGGCUUUCUUUUACCGUUACAUCACACAAAGCAUCCGCAGGCGUAAUUUCACCUUUUUUCCAUUCCAUCGGCAUUGCCUGAUGAGCAAGCGAGCGAGCUUGCUGUUUGAGAGCAUGUGUAGAGUGCCGAGGCGGAUCUCGGAUAUGAUUUAGAUUGGAAAAAGUCCAUAGUGGUCAGUUCCUCGACGGAAAUAUACAGAGCUUGGCUCUAAGCCAAAUUGAAAUCUAUGCAAU